AUGAUGGAAGACUUCAAUCGGCGCUUCCAAAACGUCGACCGCGCUAGGGCGGCGUGUCUCAAAGCAAUCAGAGACCUACUUCGUGCACGCGGAAAAUCACUCGACGACUACGGUCUACCCAGUCCAGACGAAGAUCUACUGGAACCGGAUCAAGACGACCCAAUGUUCGGUGCAAUAGACGCGGCCGUUGCCUGGCAACAGCGAUUGCGCGAAUUGAACGACGAACAACGAACGGUGUACGAUCGAGUGAUGGCGGCCGUCGAUGACAACCGCAACGUUCAGAAAAUGUUCUACGUCGACGGGCCAGGAGGAACGGGAAAAACGACGCUAUACGGAUGCCUAAUAUCGUCGCUUCGUAACAGACAACAAACGGUGUUGAGCGUGGCAUACACCGGGAUCGCCGCAUCCCUCAUGGAGGGCGGCAUGACGGUGCACUCGACUUUCGGAUUGCCAUUGGGAACGCUGACCGAACAAUCUACUUCGAGUAUUACCAUGCAGUCUUUGCGCGCGCAAAGGAUACGUGAAGAUUCGCUGAUUGUCUGGGACGAAGCGCCCAUGUCCCCGGGCCUACAAUUCACGGUGGUCGAUCGCUUGCUCAAGGACAUCAUGGGAUCGGCACUACCGUUUGGUGGUAAACCAAUACUGUUAGCUGGCGACUUCAGGCAGAUAUUGCCCGUCGUUCGCCGGGGGAACAGGAGCUCCAUCGUCAUGUCAUCUAUCAAACGCCACUCAUUGUGGAGAGAGUUUGAACAGUUUCGGCUGACCCGGAACAUGCGCGCCGACAACGACGCCGACUUCGCUGCUUGGCUACUUCGGCUCGGUAACGGUCAACUGCCGUCGGUCGACGGUAUUCCAGACACUGUCGACAUCCCACCGCAACUGGUUUGCGACGUUGUGGAUUUGACCGAUUUUGUCUAUCCGCAGCGAAUGUCGUUGGCCAACGUCGACGAGUUCGCUCGGAGAAUCAUACUGUGUCCCCGCAACGAGGAAAGCCAACAAAUAAAUUCAAGUGCUACGUCGCGUCACGGGCGCCCAAAGGACGUACUCAUCCAUAGACACAGUUGUGAUCGACGACGCCGACGAAGCGGCAAACUACCCGACAGAGUACCUCAACUCUCUGCAUUCGAACGGGCUACCGCCGCACAAGUUGACGCUUAG